AUGUCUGCCAAUGUGCAGACCAUUCUAAUUUUCAUACUCGGCAUCUCUGCAGCCCUCAGAGAUGAAUCCUUUCAUUUGCUAGACGUCCCUGGCGAAGCUCCGUGCCCAGAAGCGAAGAGGGUGACAGAGCCUCCAUUUCCAACACGGUUCGAAAUUCCCAGUGACCGGGCGAAGUUGUUGAAUUUCUUCGACACCUGGACCUUGAAGGAGAGCUCCAGUUGUGCAGGUAAUCCGGUCUGUGAGGUGGCCGUGGCCCCAAGGUUCAAUGCCUCAGCCCCACUGCAGUCCACCGCAUAUAUCACGGCCAGAGCCACCUGCACCCGCUUGGAACAAUCUCGGCAGCUAUUUCUUUGCACCCAGAAUGGCACUGACGCAUGUCUAGCAGCAGUUCGCUUUCCACCCCGGCCAUGGAAGUUGCGAAUUCUUGCUAGCCCCUUCAUCUCUGCAACAAGGAUGCAACGAAUGGACUCCGUGCACAAUUUCGUGCAAGACCUUCUGGAGGUUCUCGUCUUCUUGACUGUGUUGGCCACUCUGGGUGUCAUGGGCUGGCUGCUGCGGGAGAUCAUUCUGAACAGGAGGAAACGCAGUGAUGACGGAGGUGAAGACAAGACAGAUCCGCAUUUGGUGGUGCCAUCGAGCCUGGAUAUCAUGUUUGAGGGUAUGCUGGACGCUGUUUGCUUCAUCAUUGGAUGUGGCUUGCUUCUUCUUGCGGCCUCCACCUUCCUGCAGAAGUUUGCCUUUGGCAACAACCCUGCAGAUAUGCUUCUCUUGUGCUACCCGCUGAUUUUUGGACCUUUUGCACUUCUUCGCAUUUUCAUGUGCUUCAACCGUCGGCUUCUCUACCACAACCUGUUCCUGAAAGGCGUCAUGAUAGACUUCAGCACGGCCGCUUCACGCAGCGAUUUCCUCUUGUCCUACACCUACCUGGGCUUUGCUGUUGCAGUGGCCGUCUUGUUGUUUGAUGCCUUAAGCUGUGUGCAUGAUCGCAUCAUUGGGUGGAAGGCCAUGGCCAUUCAGACUGUGGUCUUCACUUCGCCGCUGUACUACAUGGUAUCCUCCUUGUUGAAUUCUUUGAGGUUGGAGCAGGAGGCCAUCAACCGGAUGUGCAUGCAGAAGUUGGAGCAGGGCUCUGAUGCGGAACGUGUGGAGCCGUCCUCGGAGCAUAAGUUGACCCCCAUCUCUGAGGGCAUCUUCUGCCGUGCUGCCCGGGAAAGACAGGAUUUGAAUGCUUGCAUCGAAUUGGCACGAUUUGAGGAGACGGCAGAACGUCAAAGGUCUGCCGCAUCAUUCGCAGCGCUCGAGGGCGGCCAGGAUGAGGAUGACGCGGAUGACGACGCCGAGACAGAAUCGGAUUACUUCAAAACGAUGGACAUGUUUUGGGUACCUCGUUUGGUCUCUGGACAUUCAAAUUCGAUCUCACUUUUGCUCGUUGUGUCUAUGCCCGUUGUGACCCUGCUGGCAAUGCUCUUGUGCUUAGCCAGUUUGGCUUGGCUGAUUAAGCACCGCACGGAUGUGCCAGAGAUAGUAGGCUUGGUGACCGACGUGCCUGGAUUGGUUCCAAACUGGGACUUCGAAGUCAUGGACUAUGCCUUAUUUAUCCCCAAGCUUCAUGGAACCACCACACUAUCGGCCAGCUCUCAGCUUGAGCGAACGCAUCACAUGAAUGCCACGAUGUUUGAUGGAGACCUUCAGAUUGGGGAGACCAUCACCUCAACUUCAAGGCAGCUUACGCAGCACGUGCCGUUGAAACGGAAGAACUCCAGCUAUCCCACCAUCAUUCAAUUCCUGGCUGGUACGCUGAGCCAAGAACGGGUAUAUCAGAUUACUGCGCUUGAAAUUCAUAUUCUCGUCCGCAGCAUGCUUCUAACGGGGGUCACCAAAGACGGUUCGACAUAUGAAGUGUGCUAUCCGUUCAGAGGUUCUUGGAAGGGUCGAGCCAUUGCAAUCCCGCGGAAUUUGUCUUCGUUGCGGAUCGAAGCAGCAUUCCAGGAGUUUCACUUGGCCCUUCCUGUCAGCGAGAACCACUCCUCCAGCGAAUUUGUGACAGUCUUCAUGCACCUGGAUGAGGACCGCAUCACCAUCCCAGCUUAUAUGCGUGCAUACGCACAGCGAAGUUGUGCCACCCUGUGUGCCAGAAACUUCAAGUGCUAUGGCUACAAAGAUGUCCGCACAGGUUGCUACUUUGCCACUGGCCCCAGCGUGCCGGAGAUUUCGUGCAUGGAACUGCACCAGAGAAAAACUCGCCAGAACUCCCGGGUCCAAAUUUCAGCAAAGUUUUGCAAUACUCACGACGCUGACAACUGCGCUCAAAGUACUUCUCAGAAUCAGGUGGUCAAAGCUUCUCUGGACCAACAGGUGCUCACUUUUCCGAAGCUACCUUCAGUAAGUUCGAGCGGGAAAGCACGUUCGAGGGAGCGAGCAAGUGUCACGAUGCAAGCAUCCACUUCUCUGGGAUCGAUCCUCUAUCCAGACACCCCCUAUGAGGUCAACUUUAUUCGUGGCACACCGCUAGUGAAGAAGUUGGUGUACACAAAAGGCACCCUCCAAGAAACGAACGUUAAACCCGACGGCACCCAGACCUUUUUGCUCUCCUUGUCAUAUAAUCCGAACGACCUUUUGGGCAGCUUUUAUGUUUAUUUUGGCGUCAUUCUUGAAGAUUUCACUGAAUUCGAAGUUCAGUGGGAGGCACCCUUGCAGCUCGUAAACCUUUCAAGGCAGUCAGUCUAUUUCAGGCGUCUUUGCGAACCUGCUUUUUACGACUUUUCCUGCUGCGGUGGCCAUGUGGAGACGUACGUUGUGAAGGCGGAGAUCGACAAAUGGGUUCCCAAGCAAAUCCUGCGCGGGAAAGUCGUCUCCAAGUCCCAUCCUUCACUCUUCAGGCCUGGCUUUGUGGAGAUUGACUUGGUCUUUGAAGGAGGUGGGAUUACGCCGCUGCAAUCCAUCAUCCGCAAAGAUUGCAUGGUGGCUAUCUGUCGUGGACAACCUGGGGUUCUGGAUGCCUGCUUGAACAGUACAGCAGAGAAUUGCACAGAUCUCAGUUUGUGCAAAGAACGGUGUGUGAGCCAUUCCAUGGACAAGUGCGUUGACAAAGCCGGGAUGCCAUCGAUGGACUCGGAGAGACGGGGUGACCUGGGCUACAUUUCCAAUGUGGCGAAUGACUUGCUUCCAGAGGCCCUGGCCAGCAAGCGCGAGUUCUUGCGCUGGCUAGACAUCGAAAUUUGGGAGAGCUCCCAGAAAUACUUCACGCAGGAUGCAGCUCUGCUGAAACCCGGAAACUUACUAUCCCCGAUGUGA